GCAAUCGCUGCUGCUGGAUAUCUAUGGGUCGUGGGUAGUCAGGAUGAAAAGCGCAACAAGUAUAAACUGUUUUUGGAGUGUACGCUUAUUCUGACUAGUGUGAUCCCUCCUGAAUUACCUAUAGAACUUUCGCUGGCUGUCAAUACCUCGUUGAUAGCUCUCCAGAAGCUAGGAGUAUUCUGCACUGAACCAUUUCGCAUUCCUUUCGCUGGAAAAAUUGAUAUUUGCUGUUUUGACAAGACUGGGACGCUUACCACUGAUAACCUAGUCGUCGAGGGAAUCGCAUUCAGCUCCAGUGAAGAGAAUGGUAUUCUGAAAACAGUUGCUGAUGUUCCAUUGGAAUCUAUACAGGUUCUCGCUUGCUGUCACAGUCUUGUUCGAUUCGAUGACGAUCUUGUUGGCGACCCCCUCGAAAAAGCCUGUUUGACAUGGUGUGAAUGGUCGCUUACUAAAGGAGACGCCGUGUUACCGCCAAAGGGAUCCAAGUUAACCGGCUUGAAAAUUUUCCAUCGUUAUCAUUUCUCUUCCGCGAUGAAACGAAUGACAGUUGUUGCCGGAUAUCAGAUUCCAGGCUUCCAAGAACCUAAAAUGAUAGUGGCUGUAAAAGGAGCUCCAGAGACGCUUCGAUCUAUGUACGAAAAUGUCCCGAAGGAUUACGAUGAGGUUUUCACGAAUCUCACUCGGCAGGGCGCCCGAGUGCUGGCAAUGGGAAUCAAGGAUCUGCCUCAAACAAGGCUUGGAGAGCUAAGAGAUGCUAAACGAGAAGCUUUGGAGACAAACUUGCGAUUUGCUGGAUUUGUAGUGAUAUCUUGUCCUCUCAAGCCAGACACAAAGGCAAUGAUAAAAGAAAUUGUGGAAAGCUCUCAUAAGGUGGCCAUGGUAACUGGUGAUAACCCAUUGACGGCAUGCAAUGUAGCUAAAGUUCUCAAAUUCAUCAGAAAGAAGGUACCUACCUUAGUGUUGGACGAGCCUAUGGACAAGUCUGCAGCGUGGAUGUGGAAGGCAGUGGAUGAAUCUGUUGAGUACGAUGUGAUUCCUUACACAAACAAGCAACAAUUGAAGAAGUUCUUCAUGGAAAACGAGUUCUGCAUUACUGGGCCGGCGUUUUCCUAUUUGUUGGAGAACAAACACAAUUUUCUACGUGACAUCAUUAUGUAUGUUCGAGUGUUCGCGAGAAUGGCGCCUAAACAAAAGGAACGUAUAAUUAAUGAAUACAAAUCACUUGGUUGGGUGACGUUGAUGUGCGGUGACGGAACCAACGAUGUCGGUGCUCUUAAACACUCCAACGUGUUGCUAUUUACUUAUCAAUCCGUAUUGAGCAACGGUAAGCGGCUGAGCAGAAGGAGAAGGAGAAGAAGGAAAAAAUUGACGAGGCGCGUCGUCUUAUACAAGUUGGUGCAGCACCUCCCGUACCCGCUGGAAUACCACGACCGUUGGGGCGACGUGGAUGAAGCCCGGCCCCGCGCUGUAGGGCCAGCAGACGUUGCGAGAGACUAUCUAUUCUGUUUGCUUAGGAGCACUCACCCUUCCGUAGUGAAUGCCCAAACCAAACUGGAAAAGCUCAUGAAGGAAUUGGAAGAAGAGGAACGAGCGUCGAUCACAAGGCUUGGAGACGCAUCUAUAGCUGCUCCUUUCACAUCAAAGUACACGAGUAUAGCAUCUAUAUGCCAUGUCAUCAAGCAAGGACGAUGUACAUUGGUGACUACUCUCCAAAUGUUCAAGAUUCUUGCCCUGAAUGCGCUUGUGUCAGCGUAUUCGUUAUCUGCUCUUUAUAUGGAUGGUGUUAAGUUUAGCGACACUCAGGCUACAGUUCAGGGACUACUACUGGCAGCUUGUUUCCUAUUUGUAUCUCGCUCAAAGCCUCUGAAAACGCUAUCCAAACAACGGCGUUGA